AUAAUGCUUCCUUGAUUGCAGGACUUCAUAGAUUUGACAUUGUCAAAGACUCAGCGGAAGACUCCAACCGUCAUUCAUAAACAUUAUCAAAUCCAUCGGAUUCGACAUUUUUACAUGCGAAAAGUCAAAUAUACUCAACAAAAUUACCAUGAUAGACUCACUCAGAUCUUAACAGAUUUCCCCAAAUUAGAUGAUAUUCAUCCUUUUUAUGCAGAUUUGAUGAAUGUUCUCUAUGACAAAGAUCACUACAAGCUGGCUUUGGGACAGAUUAAUAUUGCAAAGAAUCUGAUUGACAAUGUUGCUAAAGACUAUGUGCGGCUGAUGAAGUAUGGUGAUUCUCUUUACCGCUGCAAACAGCUGAAACGUGCUGCUCUGGGACGAAUGUGCACAAUUAUCAAAAGACAGAAACAAAGCUUGGAAUAUUUGGAGCAAGUGCGCCAACAUUUGUCUCGUUUGCCAACCAUUGAUCCCAAUACACGAACUCUUCUCUUGUGUGGCUACCCGAAUGUUGGAAAAUCUAGCUUUAUAAAUAAGGUUACAAGAGCAGAUGUAGAAGUGCAGCCUUAUGCCUUUACCACAAAAUCUCUCUUCGUGGGACAUACGGAUUAUAAGUAUCUGCGUUGGCAGGUAGUAGAUACUCCUGGUAUUUUGGAUCAUCCUUUGGAGGAUAGGAACACUAUCGAGAUGCAGGCUAUAACUGCACUUGCACAUCUCCGUGCUGCUGUGCUUUAUGUGAUGGAUGUGUCUGAGCAGUGUGGGCAUAGCCUGGAGGAACAAGUUGAGCUCUUCAGAAAUAUUAAGCCGUUGUUUGCUAACAAGCCACUUAUAAUUGUUGCAAACAAAUGUGAUGUGAAGAGGAUUGCAGAGCUUCCUGAAGAGAGUCAGAAAAUAUUUGAAACUUUUGAAGCAGAAGGAUUUUCUGUAAUAGAGACAAGUACUCUAACAGAAGAAGGUGUAAUCCAGGUUAAAACAGAG